GCCACAACCCCAAAGUGCGCCAGUGGAGCAGCGACCUGGCAACACGACCGCACUGCCUCUGGAUUAACGUUGUUCCAGCGGUGUCAGGAUUACACAACUCAGGAAGACAUGGGAUGGGCCACUAAACAUCAAAGAGGACUCAUUUCAUUUAAUGGGCAACUCUGAAGUGCCAGAGAGCUGUCUGAUUUAAAUUAGUGCAGAGCUGGACAACAUCUGGCUGGAUGAUGCAUUUUACUUCCCCAUAGGUUUUAUUGUAAGCACCAGGAGGAGCAGAGCAGAGCAGCCAUCACCCCUUCAGUGCAUCACCUGAAUGGAAAUAUGGACACCGUCAAUGGAGGGAUUUUAACUCAACAUGUCCAGGAACUAUGAGCCUGGUCACUCAGUAGGGAUGUUGGCUGCCGUGGAACAUGGUCCCAUCCUCUGCAGCGACUCCAACAUCCUCUGCCUCUCGUGGAAAGGCCGGGUCCCCAAGAGUGAAAAGGACAAGCCUGUGUGCCGUAGGCGGUACUACGAAGAGGGCUGGCUUGCCACGGGGAACGGAAGAGGAGUUGUUGGGGUGACGUUUACAUCGAGUCACUGCAGGAGGGACCGAAGCACGCCUCAGAGAAUCAACUUUAAUCUGCGAGGACACAACAGCGAGGUUGUCUUGGUGCGCUGGAAUGAACCCUUUCAGAAGCUGGCCACCUGCGAUAUGGAGGGAGGGAUUUUUGUGUGGAUCCAGUAUGAAGGAAGAUGGUCGGUAGAGUUAGUGAACGACCGAGGAGCCCAGGUGAGUGACUUCACUUGGUCACAUGAUGGCACUCAAGCCCUCAUCGCGUACCGGGAUGGCUUUGUGUUGGUUGGCUCGGUCAGCGGACAAAGACACUGGUCCUCCGAGAUCAACCUGGAGAGUCAAAUCACCUGUGGCAUCUGGACGCCUGAUGAUCAACAGGUCUUGUUUGGCACAGCAGACGGUCAGGUGAUAGUGAUGGACUGUCACGGACGAAUGCUCGCCCACGUCCUGCUGCACGAGUCUGAUGGGAUCGUGAGCAUGUCCUGGAACUGCCCCGAUUUCCUGGUUGAGGACAGCACAGAGAGCGACACAGACUCUGAUGACAAUGUUCUGCCUUUAGUGCGGAGAGUGAAGCCAUUGUUGACAGUCACCUUCUUAUCGGGAGAUAUCAGUUUAAUGAACAACUAUGACGAUCUCUCUCCUUCUGUAAUUCGCUCAGGGCUGAAAGAUGUUGAGGCCCAGUGGUGCUCCCAGGGAGACCUCCUGGCUGUGGCCGGCAUGGAGAGACACGGGCUUCCUGUCGACUCGUCCUGCUCGUCCAUCAUGAGGAACGCCCUGGUUAAGUUUUAUAAUGUCCAAGGAGAGCACAUCUACACUUUGGAAACACCGGCACAGAGACCCAUCACCACCAUCUGUUGGGGUCACAGAGACUCUCGUCUGUUCCUUGCAUGUGGACCAGCACUUUAUGUGGUGCGUGUGGAACACAGGGUGGCCAGCCUCCAACUUCUAUGCCAGCAGGGCAUCGCCAGCGCCCUGCGAGAGGAGAAAGACGUGGGGAAACUGAACAUGCCCUCGAUUCUCUGCUCUUACGUCACCACUGCUUUUAUACCCACCAUCAAGCCCCCAAUCCCUGACCCCAACAACAUCCGGGACUUUGUCAGCUAUCCCACAGCUGGGAACGAGAGGCUCCACUGCACCAUGAAGCGAGCUGAGGACAGCCCCGAGACAGGCGGGCCCUGCUACACGCUCUACCUAGAGUAUUUAGGAGGACUGGUGCCCAUUCUCAAAGGAAGGCGCAUCAGUAAACUCCGGCCCGAGUUUGUCAUUAUGGAUCCAAAAAUGGACAACAAAACAGAGGAGGUGUGUGUGAAUCCCAUGAUCUCAUACACUGACAGCUGUAACUGCUCCGACUCCAGUGACAUUGAGUUGAGCGAUGAGUGGGUCGGGAAGAAGUCACCAAAGUUAUCCCGAGGAAACAGGUUGAACAUGGAAUCGAGAAAAUCUCCCAAACUUUCACGCUCCAAUCAGGAAGGCCAACGGUCGCCACGGUUACCAACAAAGAAACCUCCGAUUCGGUCUCCCAGUCUGACACGUCGAGAGUUUUCUAUGGACGGGAUCACAGAGCACAACUACCUUGCUCAGGUCACAUCCAACAUUUGGGGGACGAAAUUCAAAAUUGUCGGACUUGCUUCUUUUCUCCCCGCCAAUCUUGGUGCAGUCAUCUAUAAGACGAGUUUGCUUCAUCUGCAACCGAGACAGAUGACGAUCUACCUUCCAGAAGUGCGAAAGAUUUCUCAUGACUUUAUGAGCCUGCCUGUGUUCAACCCCAAUGUGUUCAGUGAGGACGAGGAUGACUUACCAGUGAUGGGGCCGUCUGGAGUGGCAGGAGAAAAUCCUUCAUGCACAGUCAACAUUCCCAUUGCUCCCAUCCACAGCCCAGCUCAGGCGAUGUCUCCAACUCAGAGUAUCGGCCUGGUUCAGUCUCUUCUGGCCAAUCAGAACAUUCAGCUCGAUGUCCUGACCAACCCCACAGCCACUGCAGCAGCUGCAGCUGCAGCGGCAGCAGCUUCUGCCCCUGCUACGGAUCACGGGCAGGAUGCAGUUCCAACGCCGUACCCAGUGCCGUCUAGAUACUCAAACCCUGGUCAAGUGAUCUUCAACGGGCUGGAGAUGGGUCCUCUUCUUCCUGGUACUCUUCCUCCCCCACCUCCACCUCACCAUCUCCCACCACAGCCUCACCCGCAGCGCUCUCACUCGCAGCAGCCUCGCCAGCUGCCGUCCAAACAGUCGCAACAAAUGCAGACGCAGCAGCAGAAAAUGCAUCAUCAUCAACAACAGCAGCAGCAGCCGCAGCAGCAGCAACACCACCAUCAGACCCAAACACAGCAGCAGCAACAAUUACAGCAGCACCACCAAUUACAGCAGCACCAACAGCAACAAUUACAGCAGCAGCAAUUACAACAGCAACAGCUGCAGCAGCAACAUCAGCAGCUACAGCAGCAACAGCAACAGCUGCAGCAACUGCAGACGCUGCAUCAACAGCAGCAGCAACAACACCAGGUUCAGCAACAACAGAUACAACAAAAUCCGACGCACCAACAACUUCACCACCAACAACAAAUCCAGCUGCAGCAGCAACAGAUGCAGCAGCAGCACGAACAGAUGCAGCAGCAGCAGCAGCAGAUGCAGGCGCAGCAGCAGCAGAUCCGACAGCAGAUCCAGGAGAUGAGGCAGCAGCAGCAGCAGCUCCAGCAGCAGCACCAGCAGAUCCAGCAACAGCAUCAACAGAUGCAGAGGCAGCAUCAGCAGAUGCAGCAGCAGCUGAAGAUGCAGAUGACGCUGCCCCCUCCUCCGUCUGGCUAUCCGACCAUUUCAUUGCACCAGAUUCAUCUUCUGCCUCCUCCUCCUACCGGCGAGCCUGGGUUCAGGGGGGAGCACAGUCACACUCUUAAGCCAAGUCUGCCGCGGACUUUACCUCCCUUCAUUGACAUGGAUGGAUCUUUGGAGGUUCAGCUGAGGAAGGUGAAUCCUCCUCCUCCAUACCCGGGCACUGUGGUGUCUGUAGCGACGGCUACAGCCGUUGCCAUGCCUCAAACUCUUGUCACAAACUGUGACAGCCCAAGUGUCCUGGCGCCAGACCCCUGCCUCAAGAAGGAUGAGUUUUUGCUUCACCCUCUCACUUUGCAGUACCCAACACCUCUGGGGUAUGAAAGGAUCACGACCUUUGACAGCAGUGGCAACGUGGAGGAGGUCUGUCGGCCACGCAGGCGCCUUGUUCGCAACCAAAAUGCGUACACUGUCCACGGCAUCGGAGGCUCGGCCACGCUCAAAGUCACCUCCUCUGAGAAUAAAAAAAUUCAACUUCCCUACAGCUCAGCAACAUUGAGUCGUCUCUCUGUCCCUCGAUACUCAAUACCAAGUGGAGACCCUCCUCCUUACCCUGAUCCAGCCAAUCAAGUAACUGCGACACUUCCUCCUCCCCAGAGGACUGAUAGCAGUCUGAUUCACGCCACUCUCCGCCGUGACCGCAGGGACGUGGGACUUAAAGUGCCACAGAUGAUGGAGAGCUCGAGAACCCUCCCCACCAAGGCGAAAAUGAACAGUGCACUAGCACUAACCUACCAGCAGAGGGUGCCCACUGCAUUGUACACAUGCACACAGUGCAGCAGCAACAGCAGCAGCACCAGCGUCAGUGUCAGUGGUGGUGGUGGUGGAACUAUGAGCAGUGGCAUCGCAGGUGGCACGGUGGUGAGGCAGGACUUCCCACCGGGUAAGGGAGCACAUCACAGCACCAUUAUCGUGCACUCUAAAAGCACCUCACCCAUGACCUCUCAGUCAUCAUACAGUCUGCUGAGUGCUGUUGAUAACAGCAGGGACAGAACGGUGUAUGUGAACUCGGCCUUUACUGAAGAUGAGACUUUAAAUCAACAGUGCCACCUCGAAAAGUCUGUACGCCAGCUGACUCUCGGCGAUGUCAGUUUGACGGUUAAACGCCCUCCGCCUUACCAGUGGGACACCUCCACCACAGAGGAGUUCUGGCUCACUCCAGAACAAACAAUGUUAGGUCCUCCACCAGCUCCUCAUAAACCGCCUCCGCUCAUCAUUGGUCAGGCUCAGCACUUGGACAUGUCUCGGCUACCGUUUGUUCUCACCACUAAACCUCCAACCAGUCAGACCACGAGCACGCUUACUUUCCCGUCAGGUUACCAGAUAUCUCUCUCGCCUUUUCCUCCGGGUGUGGGUCACGGUGGUCCUCCGCUCCAGACCUUACAGAACCCUCCGUCACACUCUCCGAAUGAAGUGGUUGGUUCGGUCCCUUUUUCUCAGCAGGAACCCAACUUGGUGUUGCCACCAGGCUAUCCUCCGAGUCUCGCUAACUUGGCCUGCUGCCCUCUCCCUCCGAUGUAUCCAGGAGCCAGCUCAUGCGCCGGGCUUCAGCUGCACCCUGUCAACCUUCACCCCUGGAACCCUUACCCCUGCCCGCCUCCCAUGCAAGACCCUCCAGCACCUCCCCUCCCCACCAAAACUCAUCAGAUCUUAGAGAAGCCCAUUCUCUCCCCACCUCCUCCUACUGGGCCACCCCCGCCACCACCUCUCCCACCUCCUCCUCCACCUACUGAGCUACCACCAUCCAAAAUCUCCACAGAGGAUCUAGCAGAGUCUGCGAACAACUUCCUAGAGCCAUCAUCCCUGAAUGAAAGCCCCGUGCCGCAGGAGUCGGAUCGCUUCAACAAGAAGAGCCGCAAAAGGCUGGACAGCAGAGCCGAGGAAGCCAACAUGUCCUCUGUCUCUGAGGGCAAAUCUAGAAAAGACGGGCGUGCGCUCUCUGACUUCAACACUCUCAUUUCCAGCCCGAGGCUUGGCAGCAGAGAGAAGAAGAAGCCCAAGGGUCAGAGAGAGCAGCUCAAUAAAACCAAGAAGAUGAGCCGGACCACCAAUGAGUUCCAGGAUAGCUCAGAAAGCGAGCCAGAGCUGUUUAUUAGCGGCGAUGAGCUCAUGAACCAGAACCAGAGCAGUAAGAAGAGCUGGAAGAACAAGCGCAGCAUGCGUAUGGCGAGCGAGCUGGAGGAGAUAAAGUGCCGCAAAGCAAAUGAGAGAGAGGACCGUAGUUUGGGAAGCCAAGGAUUUGUCUAUGUUAUGGCCAAUAAACAACCGUUGUGGAACGAAGCCACCCAGGUCUACCAGCUGGAUUUUGGAGGACGAGUCACCCAAGAGUCAGCAAAGAAUUUUCAAAUUGAACUGGAUGGUAGACAGGUGAUGCAGUUUGGGCGAAUUGAUGGAAAUGGCUAUAUCUUGGAUUUCCAGUAUCCUUUUUCAGCAGUGCAGGCAUUUGCUGUUGCCUUGGCCAACGUGACUCAGAGGCUGAAGUGAAAAAGGUUUUGUGUUGUUGUCGACUGAUUCAAAAGAAAGCCACAAUGGUUGGUCUAGCAACCCGAUGUGUGCUGCUAACGCUGGGAAAAUGUCAGUGUUGUGGUGGUUCUUUUUAAUAUACGAGUUGGUCUUGCACAUGCAGACGAUUUACAAUCAGUCUGUUGAAGGCAACGUCGGUCUAGGUCAGUGGUCACGGAGAAUACACUCCAUCACUUCUAGUUCAUAUGUCGAAUGUACUCCAGCUGAUUUUAUUUAUUAUUCAAAUGUUAUUUAGUGAAGUAAAAAAUGUCAACCUUCCCUGGAUGAACAAAAGGUUAAGUGAUGUUGGAAUGGAUUUUAAAAGCAGUGUGGAGGUUUAGUACCACGUGUGGUGCCAAAGACAUCUUUAGACAUCCUCCCUCUCUUAAAAUGAUGGCUAAUUCAAUGUAUUUCAAAUUAAUAAAUAUUUUAUUUAUGUUUGUGAUGUUAAUAGAAAAUAUACGCAGCAAAUUUGUUAGGCAUUCAAAAUUGCAAAUACAUUUUUCACGAAGCCAUACCAUAUCUGCACUAUUUUAAGUCAGUUUUAAGUAAUUAAGUAAAUAAAUUAUACGCUUUUAUUAUGAAUAUCAAACUGAUUGUUAUUGUUUUUUUCCGAUACCUUUAUUUGUAUAUUUAUUCAUCCCAUUUGUUCAAGGCAGUGAUUUGAUUUUUAGUCUGUUUUGUUUGCUAAAAGUCUACAUUAUGUUCAAAUUGCUGAACAUGCAAUAGAAGAAUAUAUUGAUUCUGCAACUGCAACGUGAAGAGUUGACCACAGUUUAUCAUAGUUUGUAUAUUUUCUAUUCAUGAUACUUCUAUGAAGUGGUGCAAUGAACAUAGUAAACCAUAUUCUUUUGGCCACAAUACUGUACAUUCAGUCAGAGCCGUUAUGAUCUGACAAUGUACUCUUCAUUUUUUUUUUCAUGUGUAAAUUUUCAUGUUACUUUUCAUUUCCAAACCUCCCCUCUACAAUUGUGAGUGAUAUUUCAAUAGCCUAAUAAGUUUAUUUGUGCCAAAUAGUCCAAUGCAAUUUGGCUGAAAGUACAGUAAGUUAGUGGCGAAGAUGGUUUAAAAUCUCCACAAACAAAAAUGUGAGUAAAAACCGAGAUCCUCUCUGAGAAUCUCAGACGUGGUUGGCUCUGUGUUGUUUUCAUUGGGUGUUUAUGACGCUGCUACAUCAGUAGUUUGCCUCGUUGGAAACCAGUGCUGCUUUAGAUAGAUAGAGCUUGUGUGCAAUAACGCUACCUACAUAGAACUGAUGUUGUACUUGCAAAAGAAAAUACAAUGCUGCUUGCACUGUGUAUUUAGUAAAUGACUUAACAUCAUUAUAUGCUUAGACAAUUGUGCUUUUAUGUUGCUAAGUUUAGUAAUUUUGUACUUCACCUUUUGCUUUAACAUGGUACCAAGAGUUUUUUGAUGUUACACAAAAAAGAACGAGAACAAUACAAUUGCAAAGGUAUUAAAUACAACAUAUUCAUAAGUUGUUAAUGUUAGUAGGAGUGAGAGUCAUGUAGAUUUGGUGCUAAUGUAUAAAGAAAAACAAAUGUGAAAAUGUCUGGACAUUUGUCAUUUGCUAAAAGAAGGUUAUUUUAAAGUAUAUGAGGAAAGUAUUUUGAGAGAGGCUACAGAGAGUUUUCAUUUUAGAGCUUUUCAUUUAAUGCUGCUUCAGAGACUUCAGCGACAGUGUGUGUCAGUUAUCAGCAAUACUGCCUAAUGAAUAGUUGGUUGCCUGAUUUUUUUUUUCUCUCUUAUUUUGUGAAGGAAACAAAUAUGAUGUGACCAUAGGUUUACAUGGACCUAUAGGCUGGCCAAAAUGUAAAAUACAAUAAAAAUACAUUGUUCCAAAUGUU